AUGAGCGGCUACAUAGGUCUCUUGCCAUUGCAUGCAGCUGGAAACAACACAUAUAAUGCGAUGGACUAUGUGAUAUCCAGUUAUACACCUACCUUCCAAGCCUUAGAUUUCUCCUUGCAAAGAGCAGACUCAGUCCCCUACCAUCGAGAUCCGAAAGUCCUCAUGAUCGCUGCGCCCAAAAAGGAAGACCGCAAGAUCCUUGAAACAACUGCAGAGCUUGAUUCGAUCAAGGAAGGGCUCGGAAAUAACACCGGCUUUACUGUCCUCCAUGAACCUCCUUGUCAAAUUGUCUUGGAAGAGCUGCCAAAGCACGACUUGAUUCACUUCUCUUGUCAUGGCCAAUCAAACCCAACCGAUCCCUCAGCCAGCGCCCCUGAAAUAGCUUCGCCAAGUGAGGGACAAGAGCCUUCCUUGCUCACAGUAAGAGAUCUAGCAUCAUUGAAUCAUGAUAGGGCUCGCAUUACCUACCUCUCAGCGUGUUCGACAGCGGAAAAUUCUUCGAGCGAGCUGCUCGACGAAACGAUUCACAUUGCAAGUGCGUUUCAGUUGGCUGGGUUUCCACAUGUUAUUGGAACGAUCUGGGAGGUGAGGGAUAAUGCUGCGAUGGAAGUCCGCCGGCAAUUCUACGAGAUUGUUGGCCAGCAGCUAAAUAGUCACGGACACCUAGGCGAUGUCGCCUUCGCUUUACAUGAAGCUGUUCAAGCACGCAGGAGAAAAAAGCCAAAGGAUUUUCUUUCACGGACGCCCUUUAUUUACUUGGGGGCUUGA